CAUACAUGUAAUAAUUAAAAUGAUCGAUAUUCGAUUAUUUAUAUGAAGUCUAACUAAACCCUAAACCUUAAGUAGACCAUAAUGUCUGUCCUCCUAAUUCAUGUCUUCUUCCUUGUUGUCUUGCAACUAAUUUUCGUCACUUAUGUCACUCCAUCCCGAUCCCAAUUCCACCAAUGCCCUCCUUCUUCCUGCGGCAACAUCACGCGCAUAAGCUACCCUUUUCGACUCAGCACUGAUCCUUCCCAUUGCAGAUUCAACGGCAUCAAUUUCCAGCUCGAUUGCCAUAAUAACCAGACACUUCUCAAUUUCCAAGGACAAGAUUUUGCAACAAGGCAAUACAGAUCAACGACGAUUUUGGUGCUAAGUAUCAAUUAUGAACAAGAGCGGAUAAGGGUAGUCGACCCUGCUUGCAUCAAUAUCAAUACCAAUACGCCGGGAGACCUCUCCUCCUGUAGUAGCCCAUCAUACUAUUUUGGUGUUUCCUACGACGUCUACAACAAUAUAAUAACUACCCCCUUAAACAAAGAAGCAGCAUUCAUUCAUUGUUUGUCGUCCGCUAUUGCGAACGAUAAUAAUAAUAAUAAUAAUUAUGUUAGAGCCCCUUUCUUUGGCAACACAACAAAAACCAUCCAUUUUGGAAAAUCUUCCCGAUUCUAUAGUUAUGUCGUGCUUGAUGAUCCUUAUCAAUUAUCUUUGUCGGAUUUAGAAGAGUCUUGCACGGUGGAUAAGGUGCUUUUGGUGUCCGCGCGCUCGUCUAUUACCAAUAAGUCAUCGUUCAUCGAUAUUUACGAGGCCUUGGCUUAUGGGUUUGAGCUUUCAUGGAGGAGAGUCGAUUCUGGAGGUUGUUGGCUGGAGGUUCCCUAUUUCACCUUAGCUCCCAAUCACAUUGUGACGGAAAGAUGUUGUUUGUAUGGUAUCUUACCUUGUAAAUAUGUUCAUAGACUUGAAUAUACUUUUCUCAGAUCCAAUCUACUUUGGAAUCUUGUGAGCUUUUCUGUUUUUACAGGGACAAUGGUUAGGGUUCUUUGGACAAUUGGUGAGAUCUUAUCUGUAAGAUUGGCAAUUGGAUUUAUGGUUGGAUUUCCUCUUCUAUUGUGGUUGGUGAUCCAUAAAUGGAGAAGACGCCAUUUAUGCAAUGAUACAAAUAUUGAAAAGUUUUUACAAGAUCAACAUGAUUUUGCACCCAUAAAAUACAGUUACUCGGAUGUCAAGAAAAUGACGAGCAAUUUUAACGAAAAAUUGGGUGAAGGAGGCUAUGGAACUGUCUAUAAAGGAAAGCUUCGAAGUGGUCUUUAUGUGGCGGUAAAGAUGUUAGACCAAACCAUAGCCGGGGUCGAAGAAUUCAUCAAUGAAGUUGGCACAAUCGGGCGAAUCCACCAUGUCAAUGUAGUUCAUCUCGUUGGGUUUUGUAUCGAACGCUCAAAGUAUGCUUUGGUAUAUGAGUUUCUUCCUAAUGGUUCCCUCGAUAGAUAUAUCUUCAACGAACAAAGUUUAGGAGUGCUCGCCUUGACGCUCGACAAAAUGUUUGAAAUUGCACUUGGAGUGGCGCGUGGAAUUGGAUAUUUGCAUCAUGGUUGUGAUAUGCAAAUCCUACACUUUGACAUCAAACCUCACAACAUACUACUCGACGAGAAUUUCAAUCCAAAGAUAUCUGAUUUCGGGCUUGCAAGAUUGCACCCCACCAACGAGAGCUUCAUAAAUUUAACGGGCGCAAGAGGAACGAUGGGAUACAUGGCACCCGAGAUUUUCUAUAGAAACAUGGGCGGCAUAUCUUACAAGGCCGAUAUAUAUAGCUUUGGAAUGAUGUUGAUGGAAAUGGCGGGAAAAAAGAAAAUCAUGAAUGACUUGGUUGAAGAAAGGAAUCGAAUGUACUUCCCGAUGUGGAUAUAUGACCAACUAUGUGCAGGAAAGGACAUCGAGAUGAAAGAUGCAAGCGAAGAGGAAAAAAGAAUGGUGAAAAAGAUUAUGAUAGUCGCAAUGUGGUGCAUACAAAUGAGACCAUCCGAUCGACUUCCUAUCAACAAAGUAAUAGAAAUGCUUGAAAGUGAGUCCGAACCACGGAUGCCUUCAAGACCAUUUGCAGCGCCGCGUGAGAUAGAAGCCGAAACGGAUGAUCAUGGAACUCAAACUUAUCUUGUAGAUUGCAUCAACUUAGAUUUACUUCAAAGUUGAACAUUUCGGCUUGUUUACAGCUUUAAGAAUGAUUGAAGUGCUCAUUAGAGUUAAUCAGUGAUUGCUAUGAGUUCUAUUAGUAUAGUAAGAGCAUGCAGGUUGUUAUUAUGUAAAAGUGAGUUCAUAUAAUUGUGCAUGAGAUUUAGAGUUUUUUAACAAGA